CGCCCCCUCGUACUUUCCACCAAUCACGUGUGCCUUCCACCAGCACCGACCAAUUGCGGAAGGGAGAUUGCCUCUGGGUUACAGGUAUGCCAAGAAGCCUUUCCACCCAGAUGUCCUUUGCGAUAAUAUGGAUCAGUCCGGAGUUCUCCUCUGGGUGAAAGCAGAACCCUUUAUAGUGGGUGCCUUGCAGGUCCCCCCUCCCUCCAAGUUCAGUCUUCACUAUCUCAGAAAGAUAUCCACCUACGUGCGGACCCGGGCCACAGAGGGCGCUUACCCACGCCUCAGCUGGUCUGCAUGGAGGCACAUUGCGUGUGGGAAGCUGCAGCUUGCCAAGGAUCUGGCAUGGCUUUACUUCGAAAUAUUUGAUAGUCUGUCAGUGCGGACACCUGAGGAACGCCUGGAAUGGUCUGAAGUUAUGUCCAACUGUACAUCCGAGGAUGAAGUUGAAAAGCAGAGAAAUCAGCUUUCAGUGGACACCCUCCAGUUUCUGCUCUUCCUAUACAUACAGCAGUUCAACAAGGUUUCCCUCAGGACAUCUUUGAUUGGUGAAGAGUGGCCUAGUCCCAGACACAGAUCUCCGUCUCCUGACCUGGCUGAAAAAUCCAAUUGUCAUAAUAAGAACUGGAAUGAUUACAGUCACCACGCUUUUGUCUGUGAUCACUUGUCAGAUCUCCUUGAGCUGCUCUUAGAUCCAGAACAACUCACUGCGUCGUUUCACUCGACCCAUACUAGUCUAGUCUCUCGAGAAGCUGUUGUAGCACUCAGCUUUCUUAUUGAAGGUGCAGUAAGUAGAGGCAGGAAGAUCUAUCCACUUCACGAACUUGCACUGUGGCAACCACUACAUGCAGAAAGUGGCUUCUCAAAGAUCUCUAAGACUUUCUCUUUCUAUAAGCUGGAAACCUGGUUGAGAGCCCGAUUGACUGGGAAUCCAUUUGGUACAUCUGCUUGCCUCAAGUCUGGGAAGAAACUGGCCUGGGCUCACCAAGUGGAAGGCACGACCAAAAGAGCUAAGAUCGCCUGCAAUACUCAUGUGGCCCCUAGGAUGCACCGCCUGGUAGUGAUGAGCCAGGUGUACAAGCAGACGCUGGCCAAGAGUUCAGACACUCUUGUGGGGGCACAUGUGAAAAUCCAUCGUUGCAACGAGUCUUUCAUAUAUCUGCUCUCUCCUCUGCGAUCUGUGACAAUCGAGAAGUGCAGGAAUAGCACCUUUGUCUUGGGCCCUGUAGAGACUGCUCUUCACCUCCACAGCUGUGACAAUGUUAAAGUCAUUGCUGUUUGCCAUCGUUUGUCCAUCUCUUCAACAACGGAUUGCAUCUUUCACGUUCUGACACCCACACGCCCACUUAUUCUCUCUGGGAACCAGAGAGUAACGAUGGCCCCUUUCCAUACCCAUUACCCAAUGUUAGAGGACCACAUGGCCAGGACGGGCCUUGCCACUGUGCCUAACUCUUGGGAUAACCCAAUGGUGGUUUGCAGAGAAAGCAGUGACACAAGUGUCUUCCGGCUCUUACCACCUUGUGAGUUCUAUGUAUUUAUAAUUCCCUUUGAAAUGGAAGGGGACACAACAGAGAUUCCUGGAGGUCUGCCAUCUGCAUACCAGAAAGCACUGGGUCAAAGAGAACAGAAGAUACAGAUCUGGCAGAAAACUGUGAAGGAGGCUCGUUUGACAAAGGAUCAAAGAAAGCAGUUCCAGGUACUUGUGGAGAACAAGUUUUAUGAAUGGUUGAUUAAUACAGGGCAUCGCCAGCAACUGGACAGCCUGGUACCUCCUGCCGUGGGCUCCAAACAAGCAGCAGGAUAGGGCCUACAUCAGCCCGGGCCCUGGAAACAUGAGGCUGGAGGAGGCUGGUGCCCAUCUUGAAACUAAAUUGGGAAAGCCCUCUUGCUGCUUCGGAGACUUGGGGCCGUCUCUUCCUAUUUACGACUUCCCUGAUCUCCAUGCCAUGCUCAUUUAUUACUGUUUAGAUUGAAUUUUAGCUCAAUGUGUGACCUCCAUUUAAACACGUUCGUAAAACAGCAGAGGGCUUAUCUGUAUGAUGCCAAAAUGAAACAGCUGGUGAAGGCAGUCCUGCUGUGUGCAAGUUAAUUUUUUAAAGUGAUUGUAGAUUUGCAAGUAUAAUUACAAUUUUAAUUGUGUAGUGAAAGGGUUCCACACUUUCUAGAGUUAGAGUUUUAUAGUUCUUUAUAACUGUUUACAAGGAAAUUAUUGCUCCUUAAAAAAUAAUUGGAAUGAGAAUAUGAUUUGUUGAUGUAUAAAUAUAGCAGAAAUAGUUUUCUACAAAGAUAUUUUAGUCCUUAAAGUAUAAAACUUAAUGAAAUUGUGUAAAAAAUCUUUAUUUUCUAUUUCCUGCUUUAAACUUUCAAUAAAGAUACUCUAAGAAGUAAUUUUCUUCUUUUGAUGAAAAAGACAAAGCUUUACUUUUAGUGUUAGAAAAUAUUUCCAAUGUCAUUCUGUGACAUUAGAUUGAAGUAAAGUUGAUGUUUAGUUGUGAAAAGUCCUGCUCUUAAAGAUAAUAAAAAGCAAUGACCAAAUUAGAAAAAUGAAUUUUAUCAUCGUUCAACAUUGUUUUAUAUGCUUUCUGGCCUUUUUAAAUUUUUUAUUUUUUUUGAGAGGUUUUUGCCUUAGGGCACGUGUGCUCCCCAGA